AUGAACCAAACGCAGGCUCUCAUAACGAGUUCCAACAAGACCCCUUUGGUGCAGAUAUUUGUGUGGAUUCCAAUUACUGCCUCAGCUCUAGGAGUAUGUGUGCAUCUGGGUACGAAGUUGGCUGUUUCGGAGAAGUUAGAAUGGCAAGAUCAUUUCAUACUGAUAUCAAUGACUUUUUCCAUCGGCCAGACAAUUGCGGUUGCAAUUGAAUGUGCAAAUGGGUUUGGUAAAUUUCUCGAAAGAUUGACAGAUGGGCAAGUGGAGACGAUUUUGAAAGCAGAAUAUUCAGCAAGUAUACUUUAUAUCGCGAGUUUGUUCUUUGCCAAAAUGUCUAUAGUAAUGUUCAUUCAUGACUUCACACCUAUUGCAGCUGAGAGAAUAGCAACAAAAGUUCUUGGGAUUGUGAUAUCAUUAUGGGCUAUUACUUCUAUUUUAGCUGUUGCCUUUCAGUGCCGGUCUUCGAAAGUAUGGGAUAGCAUAUCCGGCGAAUGUUUCAAUCAAAUAGCUUUCUGGAAUUAUAGCGCAAUCGUUAACAUUGUGACCGAUGCCAGUAUAAUCUUGCUUAUAACAUUCAUAGCAUUACACAUACAGACUACCUGGAGUAGAAAACUCACACUGAUAUGCAUCUUUGGUACUCGUAUCUGUGUCAUUGCUGCUGUAUCCUGUCAGCUAUUUUAUUUGAAUCAAAAGAUAGAAGAUCCAACCUUUGAUCCGUGGCGAACGACAAUUUGCAAUCAGAUCGUGCAGUGCCUUAGCAUUAUCACAGCAUGUGUUCCAUACUUGAAGAUGUUUCUCAAUAGUUUAGAGUCGGGAUUGUUACGGUUGGAUGACUUGCGUCGACGAGGCGGCAGGGCGACAGAAGAUGAUCGCGAUUUUAAUCGCAAUGCCUCUGAUUCUCGAGGAAUCAAAAAAUCAAAAACAGCAAAGAAGAUUAGCCAGAUAUUGGGCUUUACGAGUUGGGGCAAUUUAGAGAGUCAGAAACUGUCGGAAUUUGCGCCGGGCCAUUUAGCUACUCAAUCAAAUGCCGUUUUAGCAGUUGAUGAAGGAAAUUUAUGGGAUGGACAGAGCGAAUCUAGUCAAUCUAGAAUCAUAACCGAACCUCGUACUUGGAAAUUGGAUGUAAAUUAG